AUGUCGACCACUAUUGAAAAGAUCAAGGAGGUCGAGUCCGAGAUGGCUCGAACCCAAAAAAACAAGAACACCUCGUAUCAUUUGGGACAACUGAAGGCGAAGCUUGCUAAGCUCAAGCGUGAACUUCUGACCCCAACUGGAGGCGGUGGUGGUGGAGGAUCUGGUUUCGAUGUUGCGCGUACUGGUGUGGCCAGUGUUGGCUUCAUUGGUUUCCCGUCCGUCGGCAAGAGUACACUGAUGAAUAAAUUGACUGGCCAACAUUCAGAAGCCGCGGCCUACGAGUUCACAACCCUCACGACUGUCCCCGGUCAAGUGAUGUACAAUGGUGCCAAGAUUCAGAUUCUCGAUCUUCCGGGUAUUAUUGAAGGUGCCAAAGACGGCAAAGGUCGUGGUCGACAGGUUAUUGCGGUGGCCAAGACCUGCAACCUCAUUUUCAUCGUCCUUGACGUGAACAAGCCUUUGGUUGACAAGCGAGUCAUCGAGAACGAAUUGGAGGGCUUUGGCAUUCGCAUCAAUAAGAAGCCUCCCAACAUUGUAUUCAAGAAGAAGGACAAGGGUGGUAUCGCCAUCACGAGCACUCAGCCAUUGACUCACAUCGAUAACGAAGAAAUCAAAGCUGUAAUGAGCGAGUAUAAGAUUUCGUCCGCUGAUAUCUCCAUCCGAUGUGAUGCCACCAUUGACGACCUGAUUGAUGUCUUGGAAGCCAAGAGCCGCAGCUACAUCCCCGUCAUUUAUGCGCUGAACAAGAUCGAUGCCAUUUCCAUCCAAGAGUUGGAUUUGCUGUACCGGAUUCCAGACGCCUGCCCAAUUAGCUCGGAGCACGGAUGGAACGUCGACGAGUUGAUGGAGAUGAUGUGGGAGAAGCUCAAGUUGCGCCGAAUCUACACUAAACCCAAGGGCAGAGCGCCCGACUAUUCGGCACCUGUCGUGCUGCGUUCCUACGCAUGCACAGUCGAAAAUUUCUGUGACGCUAUUCACCGCACAAUCAAGGACGAUUUCAAGCACGCCAUUGUGUAUGGUCGCUCAGUGAAGCACCAGCCGCAGCGAGUCGGUCUUUCGCACGAGCUUGGUGAUGAAGAUAUCGUGUCGAUCGUCAAGCGGUAA